CAUCCUUUCAAGCCUUGCCCAGCACCCCGACAUGGCCUGUGCAUGUUUUAAAUACACCCAGUAAGUUCUGCUGGCAGAGACCUCAAAGGUCUCUACAAAUGUGAUUUUUCUGAGCAAAGAUACACUGAACUAUUCCUGAAGGGAUAGCUGCUGGUGUCCAGUGCUCUGGGAGCCUGAUUUUCAAUUUUUAAACAUCCCCCUUGCCAUUCUGCUUCCCUUGUCCUGUCUGUGUGAGAGCAGGGCUGUGAGGAGGGAAAGGUUUCCAUGGAACAGGAGCAGAAUCCCCUGCACAGCAUUCCUGAUCUCCAGGGAAAGGGCAGCAACACAAGAUUUGAGCCAGCACAGUCCCUUGGCAACCCCCCCAGGGAGGCUCCAGCCAGCAGCAAAGCCAAUUCUCCUCUCAUUGUGGUAUUUACUGAUUUGUUUACAUGUGCACAGCUUGGUGAGCCCACUCCUUCCUGGUUCCUAGGCACAAAGCUGUGUUUGCUCCUUGCAUAACCCCUGUGGGUGCUCAGAGAGUGAGACUGGGGUGCCCAGGAGCCGGGACAGGAGCUCUCAGCGUUGCUUCCGCUGCUGGAUCCAGAGGAACUGCAGGAUUUUGCCACUCCCGUUGUUGGUUCCAUGUUUUUCGAGCUUGCUCCCAAAACCAAAAGGUUUUCAGCAGAUAUGUUCAUAACAGUCCUCCAUGGAGAGAAUGAAAAGGCCCUUUUCAACAUCAACUGCAAAGUUCAGCCUCUCCUGGACAGCAUCAAGCACUGCUGUGGCUGUGAGGAGGGAGACGAAAUCGAGUUGGCAGAUGAGCAUGGCCAGGUGAAGAAUUUGCUCCAGCACCAGGAGCACUACGGGUGGCAGCUCCUGCAGGAGAGGGAGCUCUGUGUCCUCCUCAAAGUCACACGACAAGAAGGUUCCCAAGAAGCUGUUUUUACACCACUGCUGAAAAACCAGAGCAUUGUCACCCCAAAAUUCCUGGCUAAACUGGGGAAGUCAGAGGAUUCCAAAGUGUCACUGGCCAGAGGGAAAACCAGAAACUACGGCAAAAAAGCCAACUUGCUUUUGGAAGCUCCAUCCACAGCAGGUAAAAAGAGUCAACCACAAGGCAGCAAGAAUAAAACUCUGGGAUCCACUUCCAAAGGAACUGGGAAACACUGAUAAUGCCAGAUGGAAGGAGUGCUUGGAACUGAGCUUGGAGGCUUGUUGGGUUAUGCCAUGGUGAUACACUGAAUUUACUGGGCUGUUGGCAGAACCCUGAGACAGCCAAUGCCUCAGUUCUGAGAUAAUGAUCUCACUGACCCAGUGCAGCAGGAAACCAGUCUGGAGGCAGGAAUAUUCCUGGUAAAUUCACCUUGAUCCUCACAGACAUGGGGCUUGUCUGGUGGAUCACGAACACUGGCAGCUGCAGCCCCAGUUUGGCUUACCUUUAACACGGCAGUUCUAUUUCUGGGAUCGCUGAAGUGUUCAAUUAACAAGUUCAUAGUGCUUUUAUCUUUUACCUCACCAGUUUCUCCAAUUCACUUUAUAACUCCUGAGAUAGCUCCUAUCUUCAUGGGAUGGACCCUGGCCCAGCUCUCACAGACCUGUUGAUUCAUCAGUCCUGCUGAUUUGCUGUGCUGGGCACUUGAAUAUCCACCAGCAUUAGGAACAUGUGUACAACUGUGUGUAAAAAUGCACAUCAUCAUGCAAAACCUAUAGAUAAACCUUUCUUCCUCAAGGCUUUUCCUGAAAAAAUAAAACAAGCUGUAAAACCUAAUUACUGAGGGCAUAGAUUUUCUGUCUACAUCACCCAGGUGUUCACUGAUCUCAGAAAUAUUCACAAUUUUAAAGUCACAGAACUGAGUUUUCUGCAGCUCUUUUGUUGCUGCAUUUUGUUCAAUUUUGAAUUGAACAAAAACAUCUCCAAAAUGUAUUUUUUAAUUGUGGUACCCAAAUAAGCAAAGGGCUGUAGGGAUUUCCCAGUAAGAUCCCCAUGCUUGUGGCCAUAGAGUGAAGAUUCCCUGUGUUUGUUUACGUGAAAAUUACGUGACAAUUGUGGAAGUUUUUAGCUGUUCAUGUCCUGGGAAAGUGGUGUCCAUAUUUUAUACAAGGAGAAGAAAUUAAGCAGGACAAAAUCUUUCUUAAGUCAGGUUUUCAGUCCAGUCAUUAGAAGGACGGGAAGAAACACAAAUUGAGGAAGGAGAAACUUGGUUUUCCUUGUUGCCUUGUGCUGGUUGGGAGCAUUAGACCCUGAAAAAGUGAGGUCUGGAAAUUCCACUUUUAUCCACCACAAGCAACAGGCCUUGAUCCCCAAUCUCCCCCUUGCCCAUCUGUCAGCCAGUGCAAGUUCUGACAAAUCAAAGCCCAAAAAUACCACAAAAUCUGCACUGCUCCCUGGGAGAAAUCUGCUGCAGCCCAUCACUUCUCCACCUCCAGAGCCACAGAGCAAACAAGCCUUCCUCCCGUCCUUCCCAACCCACACCUGCAGGAGCCAGACUGGCAGAAAAGCUGCCACUAAACCCAUUUCUUGGCAAGGCAAACACAGAUAAGGUGGAGAAGGUUUUCCAUGUGCCCAGCUCUUCCUGAAUUCCUCUGGAGAGCCCAAAGAGUUGAGUCUGGCCUUUGCAAGCGGCGCCAGGGAGGUGUGAGCUGAUAAUGGGGCUGUGGUCAACAAGGAAGUCCACGUGUGGUGUGUGGGUCAAAGGCUUCCUGGAGCUCUGGUCAGGCCCUUUUGAGUAACUAAAUUGUUUUCCAAAAGCCUGGAGCACUGAGCUCUCCAGGAUCCAGGUGUGAGGUGAAGGGCAGGAAGGGCGAAUGGCCACAGCCCUCGAUAACCUGGGCUGACAGAGGGGCAUGGGCUCAGCGAAGACGCCAGGGGAGGGAUCAUGAGGAAAAGGGGCAGAAGUUGGGAACUGGAGCUGAAAAAAGACAUGGCUCACUCUUAUCAAGCGCUGCUGGGAAGCUGGGUUUACUCCACGUGCAGGAAAUUUUGAUAUAUGUUGCUAUAAAUGAGGUCAGGACCUGUGGGGUUUCUUUUUUUUUGGUCAUGUCAGAGGAGCCAGAGUUUUUUUUUUCUCCUGUAGCCAAAGGAGGGUUGCAAGCUCUGUAAACACUCCUUGAUCUCUUUCCUGGGGAAAUAAUUUUAAAUUUAAGAUGUAGAUGUUAUUGGAUCCAGAGUAAGUCCAUCAGCAAAUGUUUCCCAUCAAUGAUUUACCACCCUGAGGAGCUUCACUGCAGCGUAUCUACCUGUGUUUUGUAGGUCACCAGUAACUACGAACCAGGAACAUUUUGUACUGUUAUAAAUCCUUUCCUUACCUUGGCUUCUCCAGCUGUUCUCAGCAAACUGCAGCUUCAAACCCCUCAGCUGAGCUCAGAAAUAAAGUAUAUGUGCAGGGAAUCACCUCUCUUGCGUUUUA